AGAAGAUUUGGUCGCACCGAUGUAAACAGAUUUCUUUUUGGCACUACUAUAUUUUUUUUUGCUGAAUUGUUUUAUUGAAAUAAACCCGAGUUUAAGUAUUUUGCGAAAUGGAGAUGGUUGACCCAGAUGCACAUUUGGUUGCCCUUAAAGUUAUGCGGCUGAUGCGGCCCACUUUGGUGGGAGUUGGACCUGUCGUAACUUGCGAGCCCACGGAUUUGGUGCAGAAAUUUAGCAGCUCCCAGGAGAGUGACGGAAUAUCUGGGGCCUGUGCGGAAACCCUGGCGGCGGGACAAGUUCUAUUGCUACCCCAGUCCUUCGGAAGCAUUUAUCUGGGCGAAACAUUCGCCAGCUACAUCUGCGUCCACAACACCACCGCCAAUCCUGUGGAAUGUGUGACCGUCAAGGCCGAUCUUCAGUCCAACACGACGCGCAUCAACUUGUCCAUGCAUGAAAACGCCAAGUCCCCAGUGACGUUGGCUCCAGGCGGAACAAUCGACGAUGUUAUACGAUACGAGGUUAAGGAAAUCGGAACCCAUAUUCUCGUCUGCGAAGUAAACUACUCGACUCCCGCGGGCUAUGCCCAGUCCUUGAGAAAGUUCUUCAAGUUUCAAGUUCUAAAGCCACUCGAUGUUAAAACAAAAUUUUACAAUGCCGAAAUCGACGAAAUAUACUUGGAGGCACAGGUCCAAAACGUGACUACCAGCCCAUUUUGCCUCGAAAAAGUGGAAUUGGAUGGUUCCGAGGACUAUUCCGUAACACCUUUGAAUACGCUGCCUAAUGGGGAGUCUGUUUUUACGGUGAAGCACAUGUUGCAGCCCAAUAACAGUUGUCAGUUUCUUUAUUGCAUUAAGCCCAAAGGAGAUAUUGCUAAGGACAUAGAUACUCUGCGGCAGUUUAAUAAUGUGGGAAAACUGGAUAUUGUCUGGAGGUCGAAUCUUGGCGAAAAAGGCAGGCUGCAAACCAGUCAACUGCAGCGGCUGCCAUUUGAGUGCAAAACUCUCCGCUUGGAGGUUCUAGAUGCGAAGAAUACCAUUAAAAUUGGCACUAUAUUCACGUUCAACUGUCGGGUGACGAAUACAUCUGAGCAGGCGAUGAAAUUAAAUGUUCGCCUGGUUGCCAAGUUUUCACCGGACAGUCAAUACACGGGAUGCGCUGAUUUUAUGCUGAGUUUGCUGCAAAGUGGAGAAUCAGCUGAGUUUCCCUUGUCGGUCUGUCCAUCUAAACUGGGCCUUGUUAAAAUAUCACCCUUGAUAUUGACCAAUACACUUCAAAAUGAACAAUUUACCAUAGAGAAUGUCGUUGAUGUUUUUGUCGUUAAUUCGGAUUACGACAACGAUCCCACAACGCACCAGAAUAAGUUAAUUCGUUACGAAAGUGCUGGAAGCUGUUUAAACCAAAAGCAAGUUCAACUGCAGGUUGUAUAGUAUUGUCUGUUAAUAAACGUAUAAAUUUAA